CUUUCCUAACUUUAUAGUAAAUUUGAAAGGACGCCGCGCAAGAAGUGUUUACGAAAAAUUCGCGAAGGAGCUGUGCGAAGUUAUUUGAUUAAAACACGUGUCUGCAGGGAAAAUGGUUUUGGCAAAAGUGCCAAUUACUCCGCAAUGGAAUUUAACCAACGGUUGUGUGUGCACGCCAGAAGGUGGAUUUCUUUAUGUCGGUUCACGCAGCAUCAAUUAUGUGGGUCCUUUGGAACAAGUCGAUGGUGAGGUGGGAGCAAAGAAGCCUCCUGUGAUCAAAGUGUUUCAAACUCGUCAGAGCAUUCUGAGCAUAGAUGUGGAUCCGGGGUGGCCAACAAAUGUUACAGCAGUUGAAGAAGUUUCUGGAAAUGCAAGUCAAGUGACAAAAACCCCUACAGCAGUGGGCCAUCAAAAAUAUUUUGCUGCUUUGGCACAAGAUAAUUCUGUACAGAUUUGGGAUUUUGAUCGUGGCUGUGCAGUAAGUGGCCAUAAGGCACACUUCAGCACCUCUUUAUAUAUGGAGGGUAAUGGGCCAUCGCCUCAAGGCGAUCAUGUACUCUUAAGCUAUAUGCGAAAUCGCAAUGUACUCUCAUUGAAUGCACAGGAUCUGGUGGUAUAUUGCGUAGCAUCCAAUACAUAUUGUCGACAGAAAAAUUUCAUUCCGACACGAAAUCAAAUGCUGACUGUGUUGCGUUGCUCGCCCUAUAACGAGCAUAUUUUUGCUGUAGGCACGAAUCGUGGAGUAGUUUUACUUGGCGAUUUACAUCGCAUGACUACAUUGUACACACUACGGGGUCAUGAGACUCCCAUAACUUCGCUGUCAUGGUGCCCAUCUACCUUGGAACCUUUAAAACGGGAAACCGUUAUUGAAAUAGAGGAUAAUGAAGCGGAUAAGAGUAAGACUAUAACCAACGAUAAAACAAAGUUAAAAGGCGAUCCAAAAAACAGUUUUAAAUCACAAAAGGGAUCGAGGAAAUCAACGAAACCAGCUGGAAAUGAUGAUAUUUUCGACAUUUAUGACUACGACUAUUUGGAAAAUGAAUUCGGCGCACCUACAGAAAAAGAUAAAAAAGCAAAGGAAUCACCUGAUGGUUUGGCAGUCAUCGACAAAACUAUGGAACUUGGACCAAAAACGAAUUUUGAUUUUGCAGAGGCAUGUCAAAGUCUCAAAGAAGAGAUAAAAGCCUUGAAGAACGAGGAAAAUUAUGAUCAGAAUGAAUCCAAACAAAUGCCCGAUGUUACGCUUGCUGAUUGUCAAAAUUUGCCACGAGCUGGCGAUUUAUCUUCGAGUUGUGGCGGAGGUAGUCGUGAGUCAACUGAAGGUAGCCUUGAAAUAGGUGGUAGGUGUUCUUCAGAUGACGAUGUUUGCGUGGAUGGUGGAGAGUUAAAGCCAAAGCAACAGAUACUACAUCAGGCAGAGGUCCAUGCCGAGCAAACAAAUGAACUAGAGAAGAAAGACAACGAUAAUAACACUGAAGAGCCGGAUGUAAAUACUGUAAAGGAGGAAAAGGAGGAAGUAAAUUGUGAGAAAUCGGAGAAAGUAGAGAAGGAAGAAAGGCAUGACGUGGUAUCAGAAAGUAAUUCCGAACAGCCAUCCGUUGAUGGAUGUGUAUCCCAGGAUAAUUCUUUUACUUCUCCAACUAAAUCAAGGAGCGCAGAACUUUUGGUUUCCGCGAGCGUUGACGGACAUUUUUGGAUAUGGAAUGCAAAGACUGGGUCAUGCUGCGACAGUGUACGUCCAGCAAACAUUGCCAAAUAUGGUAAAAAUAACAGCAUCCACGUAGAUUGGCUGAGUUCAACACAAUUUCUAACCACAAAUAGAAUUGGCGAAGUGUCAUUUUGGUCACUGAUAAAAGAUACUUCGAUCGACUCUUCAAAGCGACAACAGCAACGUUACAAGUUUCAAGAAGAGACGCAACAGCACUUUCAGCAGCGUAGCGUUAUGUCGUUUAGCGUUUCUCAUCGUUGUAGACUACUAUGGAACUUGUCUUCGCAUCGUGAAAUCAGCUGUGAAAACUUGGAAACAGGAAAAUUGCUACUCAAAUACUGCUGUGCUUCCACUAAUGUUUGCGCGAUUCGCGAAUGCCCAGAUGAUAUGAAUAAAAUUGCACUGGCCUUCUCCGAUCGUCGUGUAGGUAUUAUUGAUAUUUCAAAGAUGUCGGCCACUAAUGUGUUUAUCGAAAAUUAUAUAUCACGUGUGGAUGCAUCCGUGCUUUCGCUUGUUUGGAGUCCGGAUAGUAAGAAGUUGGCCUUCGGAACAUUGGAGGGAAGAGUUGGUAUAAUUCACGUAGAAACUUCCAAGCCCACUAUCACCUUUAAACCGUUUUGUGGUAAACCAAUUUAUUCAAUUGAUUGGUACGGCAAUCAUAUAUUUGUAGUUUGCAACGAUAUUCUAGCCGUUUACGACGAAAACUUCGAUAAUAAAGAUGCCCACGUAAUACGUGAGGUUCAAAGCGUUUCCACAGUAUCAGUGCGCGGUCACAUACUCUACGUAGGCACACAACGGGGUCACAUACAGGUGUAUCAACGCAAUCCCAAUCACCCCUUCUCCUAUAAACUAAUGCAGGAUGUGCCGCUAGCGCCACGCUACAUAACCGAAAUCUCCUGGAGUCCCAUAGCCAGUGAUCAAGUUGCUGUAGUGGCCAAUGCCAACAACAUACACAUACUCAAAACGAUAUCAUCAGAAGGUCUUCUAACGCCCAUGCGUCGCAUAGAGAUUAAAAAUCCAAAAGCUGCUAAUGCUUGCGUCAAAUGGAGCAACCGCAGUGCCACAGAGUUUCUCACUUGUGGUUUCGAUGGUGGUAUACGCGUUUGGGACUUGAAUUGCAACACAAACGAUGAGAAAUUUCUUAAACAAUUUCCCUGUCCAAUGACGUGCGGCAUCUUUUUGCCAACCGACGAACAGAUUGUGAUGUGUGCUGGUAAAUCUACCUCAGUGGAGUUGUUUGAUAUGCGUUUAGAAGAGUCCGUAGUUUAUUCGGCAUCCAAAUGGAAGCGCUCAAAUACUCAUACAUUAGACCACGUCAAAUGGGCCCUCAAAGUGCCAUCGCGCGCUGAUACGGCUAAACCAUUGACGGCGGCAGAAAAACGGCGUAGCCACCGUAAUGCGAAUGGGGCUGAUAAUGAAAUACCUGUUGGAGUAGAAAGUGCGGAUGGAGCGGAGAAUGGCGGGAAUGCUGAAGUGGUCGAUAUGUUGGGGGCGUUGAAGUUAAGUGAGCCGACGCCAAAUAGCACAGUGGAACAGAAUGUAGGAGAUGAGCUGGUAGUGCCGCAGCAGCAGCAGCAAGUGGUUAAGAAAAAUGAAAAUAAGACUGGCAGCGCUUCAAUUUUCAUGAGGAAUCCAACCACUUUAUUAAACCUAACCACCAAGGAACUGAACAAAGAUGUCUUGGAGAAAUUGAAUUUUGUCUUAAAUCAUUCAGGAAGCAGGAAUUUACUUUGUUCGAAAUUAUUUGGCACAAAAGCAGAAGCUCAACAUUUGUUGGCAGAAGAAUUAAAACAUCACAAAUACUCUAAAACUACGGGCAUAUCCAACUUAUUUAUGACACAACUAAAUUCUUCAAUCAGAGAAGAAAUAUUGAAUUGUAUACAAAACAAGCAACUGAGCGAAUGGCAUGUAGCUGUUGCACCUACCAUAUCAUACGGUUUCUGGCAAAAAUGUUGCCAGGCCUUUGCCGAUCAACUUUUGGAGCAAGGCUAUGCACUACAGGCCGCCACUUAUAUAAUAGCAAUGCACCACCAUGUUGAAGCUAUCGAAAUGCUAAUGUCAAGGCAUUACUACAAAGAAGCACUGCUAAUCGGCCGCAUUCACUUGCAAAAGGAGGAUCCAUUACUAUCCAACAUUAGCGACAAGUGGAUUACACAUUUGGAUAUGACUGGAAAUUUGACUGGUUCGGCGUUACUUUGCGUACUCUCAGGCCAAAUGAAUCGUGCUUAUGAAACUUUAGCCAAGGUGCGUAAUAUUCAUCCCGAUAUUGAACGUGUACUUGAAAAGAUGAAAAGCAAACAGCUUGUGAAGCAGUAAGGCUAGACUGACAGCUAUUCAGUAUAAAUACUUAGAUUAAUGAUUUUCUACAAUAAUAUGACCUACAGACAUAUUGAAAUAUUGAAGUUAUUAAGAAUUGCUCGAAUGGCAUUGUUAUUGUUUACUUUACACUUACGUUUUUGUAAAAGUUAACUCUUUUUUAAAAUACU